AUGCGCCAAUAUAUACGGUGUCAACCCGUACUCGUCAUCAGACCUACCAACCGUGCCUGGGCUAUGAAUACCAGUAGGCGCCUCCGUCUCGGGAUCAGCACCCAGGCUACUGUGGCUCCUGGCGUCGGCAUCCCCAGCGAUGCUCCUGUCAACUCUCCCACCGGCGUUGGCAAUGUUCAUCCACCUGUCGCUCAUACCAAUGUCCGCCUGCCCGGCCCCUCAGUCAAUGUCCCUGGCGCCGCCGAUCCCAUUGAUUUCUGCGGCAACCGAGGCCUCUCCACUGUAGUCUUGUCUUUGUGA